GGAAGAGGGAAGAGGGAAGAGGGAAGAGAGGACUGAUAGAAUAGAAUUAACUAUCUAUCCUUCUAUACCUCAUCCUUCUUUUUUCUUUCCUCUUACAAUCAAACAAAUCUUAUUCUUCUGGGUUUCUAAUUCUUUUCUACAUUCAAAGAUAUCCAUAAGCAGUUGGGGCUUAUGACACUAUAAACACUUUUGUCAUAAUUAUUGUCCCUCCAGUGCUCUUCAAGCAGGCGGGGGGAAACACAUUUCUUCAAGGCAUAUUCAACCAAAUCAGGGGAAUCUAGCUUAGUUGGUUGAUAAAAAAAAUAUUCAACCAAAUUCAAAGGUCCAAAAUUAGAAGAUUUAAUAGCCUGAUCCAGACCAAAUUGAAAAAAAGUCUUACACCCAAAAUAAGCCAUGUCUCCAAGCACAUUAAGAAGAGCCAUAGGGGCAGUGAAGGAUCAAACGAGCAUAGGCCUGGCCAUGGUGGGAAACAGCACCUCACUCGCUGACCUUGAUGUGGCCAUUGUGAAGGCAACAAGGCAUGAUGAGUACCCAGCUGAAGAGAAGCAUCUGAAGGAGAUUCUCAGCUUAACAUGCUACUCUCGAGCAUUCAUCAGUGCAUGUGUAAACACCCUCUCUAGGCGUCUCAGCAAGACUAGCAGUUGGACAGUGGCUUUAAAAACACUUAUUUUGAUUCAAAGGCUGUUAUCAGAUGGUGAUCCUGCAUAUGAGCAAGAAAUAUUCUUCUCAACUCGCCGCGGAACACGCCUCCUAAACAUGUCUGAUUUCAGGGGCAACUCAAAAUAUAAUUCAUGGGACUUCUGUGCAUUUGUGCGCACCUAUGCGUUGUAUCUAGAUGAAAGGCUUGAGUACAUGAUGCAAAACAAGCGUGGAAAGCGUAGCAGGUUUGCUAUUGAUGAGGAAGAAGAGGAAACUAUGGAAAGAGAAAGUAGAUAUAGUAGGGAAAGAGAAAAGAAUAGAGAAAUCUUGAAAGUCACACCAUUGUGUGAAAUGAAGACUGAGGAGCUAUUUUCCAAAAUGCAGCACUUGCAAUUGCUGGUUGAGCGCUUUCUAGCUUGUCGUCCCACAGGGAGAGCAAAGACACAUCGAAUUGUGAUAGUGGCUCUCUAUCCUAUUGUGAAGGAGAGUUUCCAAAUAUAUGACAACAUUACAGAAAUACUGUGUAUCUUCAUUGACCGUUUCAUUGGCAUGGAGUUACCUGACUGCAUUAAGGUAUAUGACAUUUUCUGUCGUGUUGGGAAACAGUAUGAUGAACUAGACUUGUUCUACAGCUGGUCCAAGAGUGUCGGAAUUGCCCGCUCUACUGAGUACCCAGAGAUUGAGAGGGUCACAACUAAGAAGCUAGAGGUCAUGGAUCAAUACAUCAGAGACAAAGCACAACACAAAAAGCUAUACAUCCAAGAAGAAAACAAUGAAGAAGAAGAACCAGAGGAAGACAUGAAUGCAAUCAAGGCACUGCCAGCACCAGAAUAUUUCCAUGAGGAACCAGAAGAAGUGAAGGAAGAGACAAAGGAAGAAGAUAUAAAAGAAGAAAAAUUGGUGCAAACAGAAGGUGAUCUAUUGAAUUUAGGAGAUGACAUGGUGACAAGUCAAGAACAUGGGGACAGCCUAGCCUUGGCACUAUUUGAUGGUGCUUUACCAACGAGUGCCACUCAAGCCCUUCCAUGGCACGCUUUUGAUGAUGCAGCAGAUUGGGAAACAGCAUUGGUCCAAUCAUCCAGUAACUUGUCCAACCAGAAGCCAUCAUUAGGAGGCGGCUUUGACACAUUGUUGUUGGAUGGUAUGUAUAGACAAGCAGCAACAAAUAUGCAAAGACAAAGUCAUGGGAUGAAUGGCAGUGCUAGCAGUGUGGCGCUAGGGUCAGCUGGAAGGCCUGCAAUGUUAGCAUUGCCAGCACCACCAACAUCAGGGAGUGGUUCAAGUUUGGAUAGUGCAGAUCCAUUUGCAGCCUCAUUGGCCGUGGCACCUCCAGCUUAUGUGCAAAUGUCAGAGAUAGAGAAGAAACAAAGGUUAUUAAUGGAGGAACAAGAAAUGUGGCAACAAUAUGCAAGGAGUGGCAUGCAAGGAAACGUUGCAUUCACAAAACUACAACCUAACAAUACUUAUCACAUGGGACAGUAUCCACAAAACUAUGGCCAUUAUUAUCAUUAAUUAGGAAAAAUUUUCCAUUAGUUUGCAGUUGUACUAACCCCUGUAGAAAUGUUUGUUCUAAACUCCUUGCAGUUUGAUCACUGACAAAAGUGUACCCGAGAAAAAAUUAAAAGAAUAUUGGGGUAUGAUUUCAUUUCUCAUGUAUUCAAUACAACAUUUUUUUCACAACGCCAUUUA